GCUGCUUCUAGAAACCUUCGGGUCCUGGUCGCCGCGAAGGCCGCACUUUCACUCGAAGAAUGUUUAAUCGCACUUCAAACGUUAAAGCACGUCCGAUACUCUGCUGCUGUAUUUCCCCACAAGAUCGGAACGUUUCCACAGACACGAGCGCACUGGCGGGCUACCCCCGUAUAUCCGGCUUUCACGCGUCUUUGCAUUCGGGAGAUGUCGACAUCAAGAUUGACAAAGGUCACGCUGAUAUCGUGUCACCUUGAACGCCCCGCGACUCAAAACACCCUUCCCCUCAAUAUACACCGUGCCCAGCUGACGUUCAGUAUCGAGUCUGCUAGUAUACGUUGCCUGUAUAGUGUGUGGACGCGCGUCUCGAAGCCAUGGAACUCGUGAACAGAGUGUUUCAGAUGCUGCUGCCGGCGAUGGUUGCUCUCUACUAUCGGAUCGUCAACAAGCCCGUCACUUUCAACACCCCCGAUAUUCUGAGAGAAUACGAUUAUAUUAUUGUGGGUGGGGGAUCAGCAGGGGCCGUGGUUGCCAACCGGCUCAGCGAAGAUCCGUAUGCCAGAGUUCUCCUGAUUGAAGCUGGCGGGGCAGAAAGCGACCUCGCAGAUAUUCCGCUCAUCGCCGCUACGCUACAAAAGUCUGACCUUGACUGGCAGUAUCGCACGGUGCCCCAGACAGCAUCCUGUUUCGGUCUACGAGAGCAGCGUAGCAACUGGCCCAGAGGUAAAGUGCUCGGUGGAUCGAGCGUUCUCAAUUACAUGCUUUACGUCAGGGGAAGCCCCCAUGACUACAACAAGUGGGAGCGUGAAGGCGCUGAAGGAUGGGCCUGGAAGGACGUCUUCCCAUAUUUCCUCAAGUCGGAAGAUAACACGGAUCCCGACAUACCAGACAACGGCUAUCAUUCCAGAGGGGGCUACCUAACCGUGAGCCGGUCACCAUACUCAACGCCUUUGGCCGAAGCCUUUCUGGAAGCUGGAGAACACAUGGGAUACCAACGUGCAGACAUCAAUGGUGCACAGAUCACAGGAUUCAUGAUCCCACAUGCAACUCUUCGAAAUGGCGCCCGCUGCAGCACACGAAAGGCAUUCCUGGACCCAGUCUUAAACAGGACAAACCUCCAUUUCUCACUUUUUUCACAUGCCACCAGGAUCAUCAUUGGCAAGGACAAAAUCGCUAAGGCAGUGCAAUUCGACCGUUUUGGUGUUGCUCACACAGUGUAUGCGAAGAAAGAGAUAAUCCUCUCUGCUGGCUCUAUAAACUCUGCACAGCUGCUCAUGCUGUCUGGGAUUGGCCCCAGAAGUCAUCUGGAACACCUAGGGGUUUCUGUGGUAGCAGACCUUCCAGUUGGUUCUAACUUGCAGGACCACAUAUUCCCAGGAGGCGUAAACUUCCUUCUCGACGAGCCAGUCUCUGUUCUACAAUCUCGAAUUUUCACGCCGUCCGAGGUGGCUAAAUACUUCACAAAGGGAGAAGGUGCACUGACACUCCCCGGUGGGGUCGAAGGACUGGGAUUUGUGAAGACCAAGUACGCCAACCAAAGCAUGGACUGGCCGGAUGUCGAAAUUCACUUUGCAUCCGGUUCUCCAGCAUCGGACGGAGGGGAGACAUUCAAACAGGCUCACGGGAUGACUGAUACGCUGUGGCGAACAACCUUCCAACCUCACAUUGCAAAGGACUCCAUGGCGCUGUAUCCUGUCCUUCUGCGGCCCAAAUCCAAAGGCUACAUCCGUUUGGCCUCCAGGGAUCCUUAUGCACAUCCUAUCAUUGACCCAAAGUAUCUGACGCACCCGCAAGACAUUCUGACAAUGGUGGAAUCGAUGAAGAUCUCCAUCAGGUUGGCGCACAUGCCUCCGUUUAAGAAGUUUGGUGUCAGGAUAUGGGACACACCAAUUCCUGGAUGCGAAAGGUAUCCUCUGAUGAGCGAUGAGCAGCUUGCCUGUAUCGCACGCACUUACACAAGUACCCUGUACCAUCCUGUUGGAACGUGCAAGAUGGGAAAUGUCAGCGACCCAACUGCUGUAGUGGACUCCAAACUGAGAACACUGUUGCAAUUCCUAGAGUUGUCCUUAAAGGGUCAUUGGAAUAGGCAACCUCCGAGUCGUCGAUGCCUCCAUUAUGCCAUCCAUUGUGUCGGGCAACACAAAUGCUCCUGUAAUCAUGAUCGCCGAGAAGGCUUCCGACAUCAUCAAGAACGACCGAUAGUAACAAACUAUCGUGAUUUGUGUACAUUUUGUACUAGCACAUGUAUUCAUCAGUAAUUUAUUUUAGGUUUUAUAAACAUCAAACGGA